UCAAGCCUAACCUAUUAAUUAUUAAUUAUUUGAUUAAGACCAUAGUAUUUAGUAUUUCUUGAGCUAACCAAAUAAUUAUUUUAAUCUUAAUUAAAGACCAUAAAAGCAUGAGAUAAUACUACUUAUCUUUAUGUUCUUGUAGACAUUCCUUUUGUUCUUCUACACAAAAAAAAUGGCAAAUGUUUUAGGGGAAGAAAAUGUAAGCCUUGAUCAAUUGAAGAAAAAAAUGAGAGAUUUUGCUGAACAAAGAGGGUGGCAACCUUAUCACACCCCAAGGAACCUGCUUUUGGCUUUGGUGGGAGAAAUGGGAGAAUUAUCAGAAAUAUUCCAAUGGAAAGGAGAGGUGGAAAGAGGUCUUCCAAACUGGAAAGAAGAAGAGAAAGUUCACCUUGGAGAAGAACUUUCUGAUGUUCUUCUGUAUUUGAUCCAACUUUCUGACAGCUGUGGAAUUGAUCUUGGUCAAGUUGCCCUUAGAAAGCUCCAACUUAAUGCCUUUAAGUAUCCUGCUCAUAAAUAAUUAAUAGCUUCAAUUAUGCCUAAUUAUCAUUAGUUAUUCCAUUCCAUUGUUUUAGUUUUUAUUUAAAAUAAUAAUAGUAUCAAUGAAAAAACUUUUAAAACUUGGAUACUCUCUAUGGGUUUGAUUCUAAAUGGUCUACAAUUUGUUGUAUAAAGGUGUUUAUUAUAAAUUAUGUAAGUUGU